CACGCGGAUAAUCGACGCGGCCUCCGGUCCGCUUCUCCGCAAUCUUUGUAGUCUGGACUGACCCUAGGAACCCAGCACUGGGAGAGUCCUUAGUAACCGUUGCUAAGGACCAAGCGGCCGGAAGUAGAUCGUGCGCCUGCGCACCCUGGAGAGCGUGGCCGGCGCUAAGCAUGGCGGAUCCGGACCCAGAGUCGGAGCAGAUCCGCCUGAAGUGUAUCCGUAAGGAAGGUUUCUUCACGGUGCCUCCAGAACACAGGUUAGGACGAUGCCGGAGUGUGAAGGAGUUUGAGAAGCUGAACCGCAUCGGCGAGGGCACCUAUGGCAUUGUUUGUGAGUGGCUGACAUUGGGACAUAGAGCCUCAGGUGGGCUUCAGCUGGUAGUGGGUGCGCUGUUGCCGUGGCACUGCGCUGGGCUGGAUGGGACUGUGUCCUUGUACUACAGACCGGAGCUAGGCUGGUUGGGGAGCCUUCUUUGCUGGUGCGACUCCAUGUGCUUCACAGUCUGUCCUGAUCGGGCCCGGGACACAAAGACAGACGAGAUUGUUGCCCUGAAGAAGGUGCGGAUGGACAAGGAGAAGGACGGCAUCCCCAUCAGCAGCCUGAGGGAGAUCACGCUGCUCCUGCGUCUGCGCCACCCCAACAUUGUGGAGCUAAAGGAGGUGGUGGUAGGAAACCACCUGGAGAGCAUCUUCCUAGUAAUGGGUUACUGUGAGCAGGACCUGGCCAGCCUCCUGGAAAACAUGCCCACGCCCUUCUCUGAGGCCCAGGUCAAGUGCAUUGUGCUGCAGGUGCUCCGGGGCCUCCAGUACCUGCACAGGAACUUCAUCAUCCACAGGGACCUGAAGGUCUCUAAUCUCCUCAUGACUGACAAGGGCUGUGUGAAGACAGCGGACUUUGGCCUGGCCCGGGCCUAUGGUGUCCCAGUGAAACCAAUGACCCCCAAGGUGGUCACCCUCUGGUACCGUGCCCCUGAGUUGCUGCUGGGGACCACAACCCAGACUACCAGCAUCGACAUGUGGGCCGUGGGCUGCAUCCUGGCUGAGCUGUUGGCCCACAAGCCCCUCCUCCCUGGCACGUCUGAGAUCCACCAAGUUGACCUGAUUGUGCAGCUGCUGGGGACGCCUAGUGAGAACAUCUGGCCGGGCUUUUCCAAGCUGCCACUUGUCAGCCAGUACAGCUUGAGGAAGCAGCCAUACAACAACCUCAAGCACAAGUUUCCGUGGCUCUCAGAGGCUGGGCUGCGCCUGCUGAAUUUCCUCUUCAUGUAUGAUCCCAAGAAAAGGGCGACAGCAGGGGACUGCCUGGAGAGUUCCUACUUUAAGGAGAAGCCCCUACCCUGUGAGCCGGAGCUCAUGCCCACCUUCCCCCACCACCGCAACAAGCGGGCUGCCCCAGGCACUGCAGAAGGCCAGAGCAAGCGGUGCAAACCCUGACAGUGGCUAUGGGCGGACUCCAGAUCAAAGAGCCUCUGCUCAGCAGCAGGCUGGACUGUGGCCUACAAGGAGGACUGGGGCCUUGUAGCGCCACCUACUGUCGCAUACAGCCACCAUGCUUGUUAAUGCCGCUGCUGCACGGAACCCAGGGAGAAUGCUGGCAAUCAGUUGAGUCCAGGGUCAUCGUGGUCUUCUGGGGCUACCUAGGGCACAAACAGGCUCUGAUGACCUCAGGCAGAGCUGACCAGAGUCCAGGUGGGAGGAGGGGCCUGGGGUGGGGUGGGGACGAUGGCAGGGGAGAAGUGACAUGAUGGACACCCAUCCUGGGAUAAAGAGAUAAAAGCCUUCCAAGUAUAUGUGGUUUCACCAUUGUUUAAUGUACUGCAGAGUUCUGACUUGUGUGAUAAGGACAGUAUCCCCAGGGUGCUGGGCAGGGCUGGGAUAGGGAGAUUCAGAGAGGAGGCAGUGAGGAUAGGGCACAGGUGGCAGUUGCUGUGCCUACCCCCAAGUGGACAGGGCAGACCUGGCCCAUCCAGUCACGUAGGCAGAAAGCAGCAGAAUGACUCCCUCUGGGGUCGCUGUGCCCACUGCCUGGAUCAACUACAGGCACUGGGGAACCAAGGGCUCUUACCCCUCCCCAGCCAAGGAAUAGCCUGCAAACUCUCCGGGCUGUGAUGCCCUGGGAGAGACCCAGUUCUCAGGUCAGCUGUGCACCUGGUGGAGCCUCCCAGGUGGACCUAUGUAGUGUAGGGGACCCUUCCCAAACAUGGGAGGAGGCAAUUUGCCCUGAACCCCAAACUGCAGGAAACUCUCAGGAACUGUGGGUAUCAGUGGGCCUCUAAAGGGCAGGGUCCUUCCUGGGGACAGGUUUGGACACUGUGACAGACAGGCUGACCCUCCUACUGCACAUGUGGGCUGGGCAUUGAGAGAGAUACAAGAGAAGUCCCUAUGGCCCAGCUCAGCCUCUGCUAGCAGAGACAGAGCCCCUUCCUACCAUGCAGGGCAUGUCCAGGACAGCAAGGGAUAGCCAAGGGCCCCUGCCAUCCCCUGAGAAGCACCAUGGAAACUUGCCUGGAACCACCGGCCAGUCCGGCCUAGGGUCGGCCCCCAGGACUGUCAAAGAGCAAGGUGUCCACCUGGGCACGCUGCAGCCACAGGCGCUGCUGAGUAUCACUGAGUAGUGCCCGCAGCGAGUGCCCUGGGCGGCAGGUAGGCAGUGCAGUACAGUGGGCAGCAUGUAGCUGGUGGCAGGUGUCACAACAUAGGGUGGGCAGGGCACCAGGCACUAGGCAACUGUGUGCCUGGUACCCAGGGGGUUCAGGGACAGAGCUGUAGGCUGAGGCCAGUGUGCUCUCUACCCGCCUAAGCCUGGGGCUGGACUGCCCUGGGCUCCCAGGGGCUUCGGGAGUAGCCAAGUCCCCAGGCCUGCUCAGCUCAUGGCACAGCGAGAGGAAUGAGAAGGCAGAGGGCUCAGGCUCCAGCUCCUCUUCCAGAGCCCCAUAGGGUGGGCUGCUGGCCCGGGGCAACUCUUCUGCUGGGGGCUCCCAGGUGUGGCCUCCACUGCCCCAGAGUUUGGCACUCUGUUCCCAGAGUGGUGGCCGGUAGACCAGCUCCACGGGGGGUGAGUCAGGGCCAGGCGAGGGCUCUGUGUAGAGACUGACCUCUGAGCCCUCAUCCUCCUGCAGGUCCCGGUACAGGUCCAGGGGUGCCCCAUAGGUGGCAGGGUGGCCUCGAGGGGGCAAGGGUGGUGGUUCCUCGUCCUGGGCCAGGCGCUGCUGCAGCCAGGCCACACAGGAGGCCACAUCCCCACUGGCCCGACGUGCCUGCAGCAGAUCUUCAGCUGGCAGCACACUGGUACCCAGCUGGGUGAGCACCUCCCCCAGGAUCUCACACUCCAGCCGCAGUGCAAAGCAGCCCAGGGCCACCUGGACCAGCUGGCAGGCAGGAGGUGGGGUGGCGACCAUCAGGUGAUAGUUGUCCCUUCGUACGUAGCCCAUCUUCUGGAAGCUCUGGAUGAGGAGCUCCUCGGAGAGCACGCCCUUCAGCACAUGCACGUAGCCCCCGGAGAAGGUCUGCAGAGAGGGCCUGGUCAACUGCUGCCCUCCUGGCAACCCAUGCUGCUACCAUAGCCAGCUUGUGAUCUACUGCCCGCCCUUGGGCUGGUCUGUUGGGGAAGGUUGGAUGGCAGGGAUUUCAAGAUUAAAAGCAGUUAAGUCCCUGGCUUACAAACAUCUGAGUUGUAAACUUUUGCAGGAGUCCUGUAUGGACUGACUUGGUUGGGUUACAAAUGCAUCUGACUUAUAAAAGCUCUCCCAAAACUGACUUCUUACUCCGAUGGCUCACAGUGCAGAACAAAGUAAAGAAUGGUGCACUGAGAAGUUCUGUUCUCAGGGCCUGCUGGCCACCUGUACUCUAAUGGUUCCCCUAUAUUUGGCAUUCUUUUUUGUUUCUGGUUUUCUGUGUGUGUACAUGUAUAUGAAUGGGCCUUUCCCCAGAACUAUAUCCCCAGCUCUUUCAUUUCUUUGAAGAUAUCUUUUCUUUUUUGCUAAAUCCCCAGCCUUCUUUUCAUUUCUUUGAGAAAAGAUUUCAGUAAGUCACUCAAUUGCCCAGGGUAGGCUGGAACUUGCAAUCGUCCUGCCUCAGUCUCCCAGAGUGCUGGGACUACAGAACAGCUUGCUGCUGCUGUUUUUUAUGUUUGUUAUGGGUAUUUAUUUAUUUAUUUAUUUUUUGUCUUUUUUGGUUUUUAUCGGUACCAGGGUUCGAACUCACGACUGCCUGCUUUCAAGGCAGGCGCUUAUGCCGCUGAGCUAAAUCCCCAGCCCCUUGUUAUGGGUUUUUGAGACAGGGUCUUGCUAUGUAACCUACAAUGGCUUUCAACUCACAGUGAUCCUCUAGCCCCACUCUCCCAAGUGCUGGAAUUACAGGGGUACACCACCAUACCCAGCAAAACAGGCAGUUUCUUAAACACUACUACUCUGGGCUUUCCCCGCAACAAUCCUUCAGAGGUUUCCUUGCCAGGAUAGACUUUGUGGUGCAUUUUCCCUUGCAGCGUGGUAUUGUACCGUGUGGAUGAACCAUUUUUAAAAGGUCUCUAGAGACCAACGUGCAGCUGGUGUGAGUACAGGAGUAACAGGUGGGAAACUGCUUUCUAAAUUACAAAGCCUGUAAGGCUGGAGAGCACCGUCAGGGCCGACCUAGCAUUUCAGACUUUCGGCUCCCUGCAGCAUUCAUCUUGACCCUUGGCAGGAUGACACCUGCCAGGUAUUUGGCAUCAGCCGCUACACUUCCUCUCUCGAAAGCCUAUGAACUGGACCACUGUUUCCCUUUGUUAGAGGAAAUGGCUCAGCGAUACUAGGCAACGUGCUCAAAGCCAGAAGAAGGCCUGCCCCUGCCCUUGCCCAGUCUGUGGGUACCCAGAGCUGGCCCAUCUGUUCCCUCUUGUCCUGGUGGGCCCUACAAUCUGGUCUAGACGAUGAAUGGAAGCCCUGUUACCGGACCAGCACGUGUCCCCGCGGGACAGGUGGCUUCCUAGCACGGCAGGAGAGGCUGUUACUGCCAUGACAACCGGCGGAGGCGUACCUCGCCCACAUGCGUGCGCUCUGACGUUAUCACCUUCCCACUCUUCUGAAUGAGCUCAGGGUGCGCGGCAGCCCUACCUCCCCAGGGCAAUCCCCUGACCCCACCGGUAGUUCUCGUCCCAGUCUCAGCGCCCUCCUGGGCUGCCAAGGGCGCAGCCCAGACCUUUGAGGGAUCACCAUGACUAUAGGUCCUCGACCUGUGCGCCCACCCUAGGGUUUCCACAGCCACGAGGGCUGCGAGGACACUGAGGAAGGACAAGAUCCCUAUCAGGUGGCGCCCUCGCAGAUCUGCGCCCACUGAAACCCUCUGAGCUCUCGCACCUUGAUAGUGGUGAACUCCUUCCGCCAGGGCAACAGGUACAGGUGCACAGCUGCCAGCUCCAGCAGCUCGAAGGCGCGCGCCAGGCCGCGCAGCGCGGGCGCCAGGUCGGCGCGGCCCCAGAGCCCGUCUGUGAGCAGCGCCAGCGCGUCGUCCUGCAGCGCGCCGUGCAGGUCGAAGUCUUCCACCAGGAUCUGCCAGAGCACUGCGCGCAGCGAGGGGUCCCCGCACACGCCUGCGCGGCCGCGCCGCAGCUCGCGCUCCAGACACAGGCGGUAGUCUUCGGACAGCGAGCUGCUGCCCAUCCUGGUGCGGCAGCGGGUCAGCGCGGGCCUCCCCACGACACUCGCGCCCUGCCGGAGGCCGUGCCCACGCCCACCGGACAGCGUGUGGCUUGCGGUGCUACCUCUCGGUGCCCACUGUCCCCGAGGUACCGAGGCCGCUCACGGUGAGCCUCCCAGGCUCCCUCCACCGGCGCUUCCGGCCCCCAGACCGCGGCCGCAACGUCGGGGCGGGGCCUGGCUCCGGACCGCCCGGGCGGCGGAGGCGGGACUUUGGCUUCCGGGCAUCCCGGGUGUUGGCGUGGCCUGGUCAGGACCGCCCCGCGGCGCCAUUGGAGCCUGCUUUGGUGGCUCCGAGGCUUUGCUGGCGAUCCCUAGGAAGGUCCUGAAGCCAGCUACAGCCCUAUCCUGCGGGACACCUGCAGGAGCUCCUUUACCGGUUCCUGUCACCGCGCAGUCCGUUGUCCUCGCGGGGUGCUACUUCUCAGUGCUGCAGGUAUCCAGGAGCGCUCAGUCAGCGUCCUGACCUUAGUCCACGUGGACUGCUCGUGCCGACCCUCGGAGCACUCUGGCGCCUGGUGAGGGAGCAGCAUCUCCGGGUCGGAGAUUGGCCAGAGGCAAGGCGGCCUGGGCUGGGGCCUCAGCGCUUCCUUUUUUUUUUUUUUUUAAGUAUCCCAGAACUUCUUUGUUCUUUUUUAAAUUUUGAGAUAAGAUCUUGUUAAAUUAACUGCCCAGGCUGGGUCGAGCUUGCUAGCCGUCUGCCACAGCCUUCCACAUAGCUGGGGUUACAUGCGUGCUGCCAUACGCCUGUGAUUCCCUACUCAGCACGCUGAGGAAUGAGGAUCUUGAGACUGACACUAGCUGGGCGAGACCCCUAUCUCAAAAUAAAUAAGGGCUAAAGAUGUAGCUCAGUGCUCCCUGGGUUCUCAGUAUCAGAAAAAUAUUUAAAAAGCAUCCUCGGGCUGGAGAUGUGGUCCAGAGGCACAACGCUUCCCUAGCUACAAAAGACUCCAUUAGAAGCCGUAGGGUCCAUUCACAGUGCACCGAAUGACAUAAAAAGGGACGUGUAAAACAACCAGACAACCAACCUAGGGUAGGUGGGUUUCCCUUGUGGGCUAGGUCACUGCCCAGUGUCAGAUCCAGGGCUGCAAAUCGGACCCUAUCCAGGCUUCCUCUGAGCCCUAGGCUUACAACAUAUUUUCUUUCCCUAGCUGUGAUCUUCCCUGCUUGGCCCCUCCACUUGUUCCAUGGGUGGAGGAGGGACGGCCUUCAGGAAGCUCUUGGGGUCCUGGCUUUAGCAACCAUAUUCUGCUAGACUACACCCUCUUCUCAGCAGCCCUGCUCCUCUCCUCUCCAGGCUACAACCACAGCAACGCAUACCCCCAUGAGACCUGCCUGGCCAAAGGUGCCUGUCUGCCUUCUCUCCAGAGGUUUCAAAGGAAACUUGAUAAAUGUUGUAACCAUGCAGGCAAGUCUCCCUGAGGCAUGUGGCUGGCUGCCCCUAACACAAGCUGUCCCCAUGAACCCGCCCAGAUGGAGAUAAGGAGGAAAAUAGUAGAAGACUUGCAAAUACACUUGAAUGGCAUCGUGUGACUGGUUCCACCUGGACAGCUACCGAGGACAGAUACUUUCUCCUUUGCCUUCCUUGUUCUUGGUGGAAACCAUCACCCUUGUGGACUCACAGGGCAGACAUACAAGAUCAGAUUCCAGCCACAUGCAGCUGAGGCCAGAGGUGCCAGUUGUUCAGUUCCCAGGUCACCCUAUAGCUGCCCCACUACAUACUCACCAUUGUCCAGCAUUCUAAAAUCUUCCUGAUUCUAGUGAGUAUGAAGUUGUUUUUUGUUAGUUUUAACUUGCAUUUCUUUGCGGGAGACCACCUUGAGGCUGAGCAGCAGAGGCUGUGAUUAAUUUACAACUGGCAGUUAUUAAUACGAGGGAGAAAGUCCAAGGUCUAUGUGGCUGGGAGAGAGGUUCCCUUUGGCAUCUUGGGUGAAACACUCCCAGGCCACCGGCCAGAGCGAAAGUCAGCAAACAGUCCGUGCUGCCCUGGGGCCUCAAACCCGAAUCAGUGCUGCAGCUGAUGGUACAGUUCUUGCCUAAAUUACUUUGCUAAGCAGUUAUUUACUGUCUUUGAGCUGCUGUCCUGAAGGCUACGCUAGAAUGGCUUGCUGUUCAUCUACAAAUACAAGUGUGCAUCAGCGGACCAGUCUGGCUUCUCUUUUCCCUUCGCAAGCUCAUUACUUGCACUGAGAUUCCAAUAAACGUAAACAGCUUUUUGA